GUCCUGUUCUAUAAGCCGUGUAGAUUUUGAAGUGAUCGUAUGGACCAGCAGCAAAACUAGCACAUACCGAGGAGAAACAUGCAAAUCUCAGGAAAGGUUGCCAUAGUAACUGGCGGUGCACAGGGAAUAGGACGAGCGAUAGUUGAGGCUAUACUGGAAAAAGGAGGAAAGGUUACUAUUGUAGAUGUCAACUCUUCUGUAGGCCAGAAAACCGCUGAAGAACUGAGAGGAAAACAUGGGGAAACUGACGUCAUGUUUGUAAAAUGUGACGUCACUGACAAUGACCAGUUCGACAAAGUUUUCAUACAAACUAAAAGUCACUUUGGUCGUGUCGAUAUUGUUGUAAACAAUGCUGGUAUUUUUGACGAAAAAGACGUGAAAAAAUGCACAGCGGUCAAUCUGAACUCCGUGAUCUGCGGUACAAUGCUGGGAGUGGAACACAUGAGAAAGAAUAAAGAAGGCGGUGAGGGGGGAGUCGUCGUCAACAUGGCAUCAACGGCAGGUCUCCAGCCGUAUCCACUCAUCCCUGUCUACACGGCUACCAAGCACGGUAUUGUUGGGUACACGCGCUGCUGGGGGGCCAACCCAGAUUUCCCGUACCAGCAAGUGCGUGUCAACUGCCUGUGUCCACAUCUCACAAAUACCAGUCUUCUUCAGCUGACGCCAGAGCAGAAGGCGGCCGGUGUAGUGCGCCACGUGCGUCUCUGGGAGGCGUGGUACCCCAUGGCAAUGAAGACCGCUCUCAGCCCAUCGACUGUGGCUGAAGCUUGUAUACAGCUCAUCGAGGACGACACCCGCAAUGGGGCUGUGCUCAAAGUGACAGCAGAGGGCACCACUUACCAAUCAUUCCAAGACGAGUCUGAACUAAAGUUCGAGAUUCCAGAAGGGUUUUUCGUACCAGAUUCCGAAUAUGAGAAAAUCCAAGGCACUUCAGACGGCAGUAAUGUUAUAACCAAAACAUAA